AGCCAACAAGUCCAUUCAUUGGCUAUUGGAUUUUUACACGAUUUUCAAACCGAAGACAAGUCAAGACAGCUCCAGCAGUUUGUAAAUAAACCCGACAUGGCUACACAGAAUACUAACCCUUCAGCAUCAACGACAACAAGAAGCAAAGACGUGUCUAGAUCUUCAGGACAAGCGCGAGACAACCACUCAGUUAGCAAACGACUGCAACAGGAGCUGAUGACACUGUUGACUAAAGGAGACCCAGGUGUGUCAGCAUUUCCUGAUGGAGACAACUUAUUUAAAUGGAUUGCUACACUAACAGGACCUAAUGGAACAGUUUAUGAAGGACUGAAAUAUAAGUUAACCUUGGAGUUUCCCAGUGGAUAUCCUUACCAGGCUCCAACAGUGAAAUUUGAUACCCCCUGCUAUCACCCCAAUGUUGACCAGAGUGGGAAUAUCUGUCUUGAUAUCCUCAAAGAGAAGUGGUCAGCUUUGUACGAUGUUAGAACAAUACUCCUGUCCAUUCAAAGCCUGCUUGGAGAACCUAACAAUGACAGCCCCCUGAAUGCUGAUGCUGCUGCCCUGUGGACUAACCAAGAAACCUACAAAUCUGUUCUCCUGGAGAAGUAUGAAAAAGAUGUUCGUAGUAAACAGUCGUAGCAGAAAUCGACCCGCCAAACCUGUCAGUGCAAUACCCAUGUCUGGGAGUCAAAGACAUUCCCAUGUUCUGUGAAACUUUGAUGAUGCUUAUGUUUUGGUUUAUUACUAUAUGACGACCAGAGUUUAACAAUUUAAGAAAUUCUGUGAAGAUAACUUUUUGUCAGUGUAAACUAUUCCUGUUUGAAAGCUAGAAUUUUUUUUUUUAUCUUUCUAUGAAAGUUUCACUGAAAUUUUCAAUAUGGAACAUGAUUGACCUGGUAAUUUUCAUACUAUACUUGGUCUUGUAUUGAAAUAUAGGACACAUAUUUAUAUGCCAUGUAAACAUGCUAGUUAAUUAAUGAACUAUCAUAAUUACUAGGUACUUUUUCAUAGAUUAAUAAUCUAUAUUACAGAACAAAUCUCCAUACAUAGAACUACUGUUUAUGUACUUGUAUCAUUAGGAUUCACAUUCUUUGACAGAAAAGAAAGAUUUAUGGUUGUGUUUAAAAUAUGAAGGGAACAAGCACUACAUCAUAUUAAAGUAUACAAGAAGGUGUAUCGGCCCAACUGCACAAAAUCUUAAAUAAAGUAAAAUUAGUAUAUAUACAGUAUUUUGUACCACCAAUGUGCAAUUUUAUGCUCGAGAGAUCAAAGAUUUGUGUCUGUUUCCAAAUUUAACUAUUAAGGUCAUGACUGUUGCACAUAAAAUAGAAGGUUCACAAUAAGUAGAGUGAGAGGCAAAGGUCUUGUUUUUGAGUGGUUUUUACAUGAUUUUUAAGGAAUAUUUUUCUAUGCACCAAAAGAAAGUGAGUUGUUAACCAACACUGACAGUAAUUAUAUUCGUGUCACAUGUGCAUAUUUUGUUGAUGUGUGUGAAAGAUGUGCAAAUGUAUUUACUUCUUAUUUAUCAUGCAGUCUACAGUUCUCAUUGCCCUCCAUUCUUUACCAUUCUCAUUUCUUCCAACUGUAAAUUUUAAAAUUUGACUGCUGGAAAACAGGAGUUAAGUCCCUGUCACCAAAAGCAAGCUUCAUCUAAUGGUACAAAUCAUUACUUAGUUCAGGGACAAUAACUCUGGAACCUGUAUAUGUUUGUAGAUGUGUCUAUAUGGAAAUGUUUGAAUGUUGUGUAUUUAUAUCUGUUUCUAGAAAUAUCUCUCUAUCCCUCCUUUUUCUCCUCAAUUAAAAUUUGAUUUGUACUGGUACAUAAAGUAUGUCUGCUGCAAGAAAAAUUAAGUGGCAGUCACCAGCGAACCAGUGUAAAACUAGCCAUGCUCCCCGCUUACAUGAAUGCAUCCAGGUUUCAAAUUUUGUGCUGUAGAUAGCAUACAAUGUAGGGGAGUACUGACCUUUCAGUGGAAAAAUUAUACAUAAUGUUGUGUUAAACAAUACAUGUAUGAUAAAUAAAAUGAAACUUAUAUACAGUA